CAUCACCCUCUUUUGCUUUGUAACCUCCACAACAAAAACUCAUGGAGAGGCUCCCUCUUGCAUGUGCCCUACUUCUUCUUCUGUUGCAGGGAAUGAUGAACCUAUACCAUGUAAUGGCGACACCGCAGGAGUACUGGGCACGGUCGUUCCCCAACACUCUGAUGCCUGAUGACAUUUGUGCUCGCCUCCGCCCCGUACCAUUAGGACUGUUGCAUAUGGGUUCAGAUGGUCGGGAUCCCCGCUUCAUUUAUACUGAAACUUUAAGGGAGUAUAAUGAUCCUAAAGAAACCACACUCUUUUUAGAGAAGAAGCUAAAAGUAGGAAUGAGGAAACUUUUCCACUUCCCCAAGUCCGACUUCAACAAUGCCUCCCCUUUCCUUCCUCGUGAGGCUGCAGACGCCAUACCUUUCUCAUCUGCUGAGGUGCCCCGCAUCUUACAAAUCUUCUCGUUGCCUCCGGCCUCCAUUGAGGCUAAGGAAGUUCACCGUGGCCUAGCCUGGUGCGAGUCUUUGGCAGCUAAUGAAAAAUGCCCAACAUCUUUAGAGGCCAUGAUUGACUACGCCACCUCCUCUGGUCUGUACAAUAACAUCACCGUGCUGCACACUAGCAUUGAGAAGGCUUCUGUGCUCCAAGUAUACACGGUGAAGAAAGUCGGGCACGAUGCUAUAAAGCCGAGCUCUGCAGUGUGCCAUAACAUGCCUUACCCCUAUGCUCUGUAUUAUUGCCAUUUUGUCAAAGAAGGAAGGAUCCACAAGGUGGCUUUGAAGGGGGAAGAUGGGAAUGUGGUGGAAGCCAUUGCAGUGUGCCAUUCAAAUAUUAGGAGUUGGCCAUUGUGGGUUAUACCAACCGGCGGUAGCAUUAAGGCAGAUAAUCAGAAUUAUGCUUGCCACUUUUUACCUGAUACCCACAUUGUAUGGGCUUCUGCUUGAGUCUCAUAAAUUUCAGGAUGCAAUCAAAAUAACUCAUCUUACUUUUAUUAUGGUAUGCACAAUAACAUGUAAAGCUUUUCUACGAA